AUUUCCAAAACUCUCUUCACACCGAAAUGGAGACCGCGCCGGGGCCGGGCCGAGCCGCGCCAACAAUUAACGGAGAGCGGUCAGAACCACCAGGGUCGUCAGGACGAGCCCUUCAACCAUUUCGAUUGCUGUAUCCAGUAGGCAGCAGAAAAUGGAACUGUCGAGCGGUGCCCAAUAAGCGCGGCGACCUCCUAGGAGCGUAUCAUGAUGGGCAGACCAUCUUGGCUGUGCCUGUGAUGCACGCGGGGGCUAGCUGGCUGGCUGUCACGCUCCCGGACGGGCGGAUAGGCUGGUGCAAGCAGUACGAUGAGGCGCACAUGGUGCAGCACCACAACACCAAGACCGGGUUCGGCUGGUACCGUGUGCUUUACUGCUCCCUGACGGACCAAAACACGUACGGCAUGGGGCUGGAGACGCUCACGCCGGAGCUGCUGUCCGACCUGGCCGCAGCACCCCCGGGGCCGCCGCCCUCGCUCGGGGUGCCGCGGAGCGAGGGCGCCACGCCCGCCUGCACGCACACGCACCCCCACCCCCACUCACACGCACACGCCUCCUCGACCUCAACGGCAGCAGCAGCCGCGGUAGCGGCUGCGGGGGGUGGCGGCGGAAGUGGACAUACGGCGGCGGGGGUUGGCACGGCGGGUGGUGUGGGGGCGGGCGGCUGCCAGCAGCAGCUGGCGUGCGGCCGCGACCGGUGUUCGUCGUGUUGGCUGCCACUGCGUCUGGGCUGCAUGGCGUACGUGGGCAGCUGCGGACACAGCUUCCACUUCGAGUGCCUCAAGGGGCUGGGAGACGCCAACAUCUGCACCACCUGUGGCGUUUGGUACGCGGUGGGGCAGUCGCCGCCGGACAGCUGCCCGGCGCCGUCGCCCACCUCAAUCUUCCAGCACGUGCACCAGACGCUGUGGUUCGUGCCGCCCUUCUACCGCUACAUCCUCAUCUACGCCGUCAUGCUGCUGGCUUCGCCCUUCAUCAUCCUGGCCUCUUGGAUGGGGCUCCUGCAGUGAGCGGCGGAUACGGGCGGAAGGAGCCCACGCAACGGGCACUCGUGGUCGCCGAGCUGUGAGCAGCGAGAACGGUAGCCGGCGUGCGUGUCUGUGCAGAUGCAAAAGCAGCUAGCGGCAGGGCAAAGAUGUUGCAGCACGGAAGCGGGUGCGGCGCUGAGCCGAGGAGGUGCUGAGGCUAAAUCGUGUGAGUGGGCCGCGCACGAUGUGUCUGUCUGGAUGAAUGGGGAUUACCGUACUGUGUGUUGCUGGUGUGACGCGUACAUUGUCAAGCUAUCCUGCUUUCCUGAACUGUGGGGGCUGGAGUGAAAGUUUGGCGAACUGAAGGCAAAGCAUUGCAGUGACCUGCAGGAGAGUGACAGUAGCGGUCCGUUGGCAGCAGUCCAACCACAAUGAAAGAACUGUAUGUACAGAGUUUGCGGCCCGGUGGUGCGGUGUGGAGACAUUCGGGCAGUGCCGCAGCGGUGUUGGCAGCGGGGCAUGCGGAGGGAUGGUGGGGAGGUGGAGUUGGCGGAACAUUCUGCAGUUUGCCUCACUUGUCCUUUCGCACGCUCUCACUCGUUGGCUAUAAUUGUUAUGAUAGGAGUUGCGCUGGCGACGGGAGCAUGCAUCGGCCGCGAAGCAUGGAGUGUAUGUGCACUGUGCGCUGGCUGGAACGUCAAUGCGGGGGUGGGUUCUGUGCGCGUUCGGUGGUACAUGGGAGACAGGAGGGACAUCCUGAUUUGUUGGGUGGCAGGCUAGCGCUGUGUAAGGUAGCGGUAUGGGUAGGCUGUGGCAGGACGCCACCAACAUGCCCAAGCGGGGUCCAGAAGUGAGCCUCGGGCACGUGCUUACUUGACGAUACGUACGGUAGCAGCGUCGAGUAAGACUGUAAGAGGCAGGCACA